GAGAUGAGCUCCAACUUGUAUGAACGCUUGUAAUUUGUGCGCUCAAUUCUUAUUGUAUUUCCAAGUUAUUGGACUUGAGCCCGACCGAAGUUGUCAUAAAAAUACCUUUGUUAUUUCGAUUAAAUCUCCGCCGAUCAGAGUGCUUGGAAAUGUAGAGAGUCGCCGAGUAAGGAGCUCUGGAAAUAACAGAUUUUACUAUUUAUUACUAAGUACGUUGUAUAUUAUUUGCUUUGGGAGUUCUAUGUUAAAAAUCAAAGUGAGUAAUGUUCUGCUAAUGUUGCUGUUCUGCAUCUUCUUUCUACUCGCCGUACAAGCGGCAAAAAACGGAUCCCGUCGCAAUGUUGUGCUUAUCAUUUUUGACGACUUGCGCCCUGCGCUGGGCGGAUAUGGUGAUCAUUUGGCGCAAACCCCUCAUUUAGACGCCUUCAUCAAAGAUAGUUACUACUUCACACGUGCUUAUAGCCAGCAAUCGCUCUGUGCUCCCAGUCGCAACUCUAUGCUGACUGGCCGUCGUCCGGAUACGCUGCAUCUUUACGACUUUUACAAUUACUGGCGCGAUUUUACCGGAAACUUUUCGACUCUGCCACAGUAUUUUAAAACACACAAUUACUACACUUAUGGCAUUGGAAAAGUUUUCCAUCCAGGCAUUUCAUCAAACAAUACGGACGAUUAUCCCUACAGUUGGUCGGUGCCAGUGUUUCGGCCACAGAGCGAGAAGUACAUGAAUUCGCCAGUGUGUCCAGAUGCUGGCGGAGUAUUGCGGAAAAAUCUAAUCUGCCCAGUUCAUCUGCAAACUCAACCGCUAAAGACACUGCCUGAUAUUGAGUCUACCGCUGAAGCUAUACGCUUCGUCCGUGCUUAUAAGCGUCGUAGGCCAUUCUUUCUAGCAGUUGGCUUUCACAAACCGCACAUUAAUUUGCGCUUUCCGCAACAGUUCAUCGAUCAAUUUCGCCUCGAAGACUUCAAUAAUUAUACGACAGAUACCAAUAAGCCACAGGAUAUGCCGAAUGUCGCUUGGAAUCCAUAUAUAGAUGUGCGUUCGCGAGAUGACUUCAAACAUCAAAACAUUUCCUUCCCUUAUGGUCCGAUUUCGCCGAGACAUCGCUCCCAGAUACGUCAGGCCUACUAUGCCUCCGUUGCCUAUGUGGACGACCUAUUUGGGAAAUUUAUUGCACAUCUAAAUAAAAGCAACACCAUCGUGUUAGUGACAAGUGACCAUGGCUGGUCUUUGGGUGAACAUGCAGAAUGGGCUAAGUACAGUAAUUUCGAAGUUUCUUUGCGCGUGCCACUCAUUAUCCGCAGUCCGGAGUUCCCAACAAAUGAAUUUCACCAUAUUCAGAGUAUCGCUGAACUUAUAGACAUUUUUCCGACAUUGGUGGACUUAGCACAUUUGCCGCCAUUGCCAUCGUGUAACAAAUCAGCACCUUCCACCCAGAACUUACUUUGUGGCGAAGGCAAAAGUUUAUAUCCAUUGCUGCAGGAAGUCGGUAGGAAUGAGGAGUACGUGGCUUUAAGCCAAUAUCCACGGCCAGGCAUAGAACCUACAAAACACCCCAACAGCGAUAAGCCGAAGCUUUCAAAUAUCAAGGUGAUGGGCUAUUCGCUACGAACUAACGUGUUUCGCUAUACACUUUGGGUGCGUUUCAACGCACACGACUUCAGUAAAGAUUGGAAUGAAAUAUUUGGUGAGGAAUUGUACGAUCAUCGUUUGGAUGAAGGCGAAGACGUCAAUUUGGCUAAAAUCCCCGAGUACAACGAAACACGCACGCUUCUGAGGCAACAAUUAAUAACAGCUUUUUCAAAAUAACUGUGACAUAAACAAUUUUAAUGGCGAUUACCAAUCGCUCCAGAAAAAGUAUGAUAUAUGUAUAUAGAUAAGUUUGUAACCAAAGUAUCUAUUGUUUAAUAUUAUAUAGUCGUUUUUUUUUAUAUGUUUCUCCUUUAGUAGCCCCACUCUGUGCAACAUUGAGUAAAUUUAGCAUAGCAUUUAGCAUUUGAUGAAGUUCAGAAAACAUAGAAACGACAAGUUAUUUUUUUCAUUUUUUUCACUUAUCAAUGGUCUUGUAACCAAUGCUUCAAGGAGUACAUUGCCAUUCAGAAGAACAACAGAAGGCUGUGCGGAUUACAGUCUUAGGUGGGUUGUUCAUCAGGCUCCUUGAGCGCAUCAUGAGUGCUUUUCUCUUAGUAUCAUCAGCUCAUAGUUUCAUUAAUGAAACAUGAAUUCCAUUACUUGGAAAUUGACAUAUUGGCUGCCAUGUCACAUGUAUUCGUACGAAUAUUCACCUCAUUGUACGACAGGGAUUGUCGAACGUUGUAAUGGUUUCCAUGCAUUUUUUAAUAUGCGACAUGACUCUGAUAAUGUUUUCUGGAAACACAAAAACUCGUAACCUCGACUUAUCACGUCCAUGCC